AUGACUACUACACAGCGUGCCUUCGAAGCGGCGAUGCUUGACUUUAAGGACAAGCUCAAAGGUCAUAGUUUCUACGACCAAAUUAUCCAAACGACUAGCAUCGAGCAAGUCUACCAGGAUAUCGAGAAGCUUCAAGACAAGCAGGCAAAAUCCGGUCGCCUUCGACACUUAUCCAAGAUUGAACCAUUUCUAGCUCGACUUCGUGAAUACAGCAGUGUCGUUGAGACCUUCGUGCAAACCAAGCUCGACAUCCUAGCGCUAAUAUGGGGCCCAAUCAAGCUUCUCUUGCUAUGGGCCGACGUUCUGAAACAGUCAUUCGAUGCUCUUGUGACCACGCUGGAAGAGAUUGGGAAUGCUCUGCCUGACUUUUGCGAACUGGCUGAAAUUUUCACUGGUAACAAUCGUCUGCAGGCAUUAUUGGUGCUGUAUUUCCGCGAUAUUCUUCACUUUUACUUGAUCUCGAGCAAAUUCUUUAGUAUGCGCCGUCUCAAAGUUAUGUUUGAGAUUUUCUGGCCAAGCCACGGGGACAGGAUUCAGGUCGUGGUAAAACACAUGGCAAGUCAUCGCGACCUAAUCAGAAAAGAAGUUCGCAUGGAGGAGAUACGCAGAGCAGACGAAAUGCGUAAUCGGGAAUUGCAACACAUCGUACAGACAGAAGAGAACUAUAUCGCACAAGAAUUUGCCAGUCAUCGAGCACAUAUCUCACCUAAGAGCUACGAUGCCGACCUGUAUCGUUUCAGCGAAACGGUUUGCAAUGGAACCGGUAAAUGGCUCUUCCGGGAUCAGUCAUUCCAGAAUUGGCUGGCUGGUAAAGACAAAGCAAAGCCUAUUUUAUGGCUCCGGGGUAUCCCAGGGGCUGGCAAGACACUACUCGCUAGUAGCGUGAUCAAGCACACUCAGUCUUUGGAUGGUACCCAUACCGUGUUUGCUUUUCUUACCUACAUUGACAGUCGCAUUUCAGCACUCUCUAUCGUCCAUUCAUUAAUAUUCCAGUUAGCCUCUACAUCCCUAUCCCUCAAGACAAUGCUGUGCCAAUCAAACCUCCAGCACCUUGGAAGCGAUAUCAAAAUUGCUAAAACCCUUUUUCAAGCACUCAUACAGAGUGCAGGCGUUGUGCGAGUCAUCAUUGAUGGCUUAGAUGAGAUCGAACCUACACAACGCUCAACGUUGAUCAAGGAACUCGUAAGAGUAAGCGGUGAAUGUCAAGAAUGCCAUAUCUUGUUGACCAGCCGCGCCGAAAGUGAUAUCUCUCGCGAUUUGGACGGCAAAAGUACGAAUCUACAGGUCGACAAGAAUAACGCUGGCAGUAUCCAGGUUUUCAUUAACCGAACUAUGGGGGAGUGGUUCAAAGAGCGGGACUUCGUGUCAGAAGUUCAAGACCAGCUCCAAGGCUGGGCUGCGCCACUAGCAUUCCAUGCAAAAGGAAUGUUUCUUUAUGUUAAAGUUAUCUUCAGGAUAAUAUAUUACAUCAAUGAUAUUGAGGAUAUACAAAAUGAACUGGAACAUCUACCGACGUCUCUAGAGGAUGCCUAUGGCAGAGUUUUGCAACACAUCAACUCCCACAAAGAUCCACAGAGAAGGAAACUCGCACACUCUAUACUUGGUUGGGUUGGAUGUGCCCCAACACCAAUGACACUGAAGGAAAUAGAGCAGGCAUUGCUUGUUGACCCCAAACUCCCUUUUAAACCACCAAGGGUUCAAUCGGGAGUCGAUGUUGUACAGAUCUGCGGCCCGAUCAUCGAUAUAGCAGAUGGUUACGUUCAAUUUGUUCACUUCACUGUUCGAGAAUACAUCUUCAACGGCAAUGUUCCGAACUCCAUCUCUCUCUCUGAGACAGCACUUGACUUGGCUAUUCGCUGUUUGGUGUACAUGUGCCAGGACCACCAUGAUCCAGACCUCACAGAAGAUGAACUUGAUGCUAACAUUAUAUGGGGGGCAUAUCGCUUGCAUGAUUUCUCAUCCCGCUUCUGGCUUGACUUAAUCUGCAGAUAUUUAAUUUCGUCUGGCUCAGAAACCGUACCUGAUACACUUACCGACCAACUGAGAGUACUGCUCGAGACACGAUCGUCAGAUGCUUACACUCAGAGUGACCAAUUCGAAGGCUCCCUACACCCAGCAAUUUGUGAUCUGGAAUCUCAGGAUCCUGACUUGGUAGAGAUGCUGAAGGGCUGUGCUCAUUUUCAGACUUCAUCGACCAAGUCAGACUUUCAGAUCAAUAGUCCGGAGCAGUGGUUGCCUACCAGCCCGCUCUCCAUCCCCCAUAUUUCAAUUACUCUCCAUGAGCGACUGGAUGGCCUCGAUCUUGAGGAAGGUUCGAACUCAAAAUCACUUUCUUACCAUUAUGGACCUAGGUACUUCAAAUGCCGGGUUUUAGGCUGUUAUUAUCGUCGUUAUGGCUUUGAGACGAAGACAGGCCGUCGGGCUCACGAAAAGAAUCACCAGAAGCCAUGGUACUGCAGCACCCCAGGAUGUCGUUACGCGACCCAGGGCUUCAUCUCACGAAAGAUGAGAGACGACCAUUUCGAAAAUGGCCACUCACAUGCUGCAGAUCCUGGUUCGUCAAGCACUAUCCUCCCUCAGAAGAUUGAAAACGAAGAACUCCAACCUCUCAUAUUUGAUUUGAUUGAAAUCAACAACGUGGAGAUCAUAAAAACACUGAUGCCCUAUUUGCGCAAUUCGAACCGUUAUGUGCAGAUAGCGAUCGCAAUCCACGCUGCCAAAAUGUGUUCUCACUCAAUAUUACAACUGUUCAUUGACUCUGGGAUACUCACAGGAGCAUUCUCCACGAACAAUAGUCUAGAUUGGUCACGUUUUAGGAUUCUAGCCCAGCGGACAGUAGAAAGUGAGAGUGUCGGCUUAUCUAAAAUUCUUCUAUACUGGGUUUCGACGCUAAAUACGCAAAAGGGGAAUAUCUAUGACGUCGAAUACACAGUAAUGGCAAUACUCAAAAGCAUAAUUGCAUUAGAGUCUGAGGAUAUUUUUGAACUUUGGAGGCCAAUACUGGCUACAGGAUUCAACUUCACGGCCAUCAACUGGGAUGUCGGACCAGUGUUCACGAAUGUGGAUAUUAUAGCCGCCACUAACAAUAGCCCAAAUGGUGAACGCAUGCUGCUGUGGCUAUGGAAGAAAUGCGAGCCUUUGGAUACACUAAAUGUGUACGAACUGAAAAGAUUUCUUCGAACUAUUGCCGAGAAUACAUGUUCCGUCAAUUUAGCGCGUUAUGCGAUUCAACAUGGCUGA